UUCAACUUAUGUAUAGAGAUAUAGAUAGUAAUAGUAGUGUGUGUAGAUUCUUGGCCAAUUGCCCAACGGCAUUUAGUCCCGAUUAAUUCAUGUACAGACAUUAAUUCAAUUUAACCGAGCAAAACGGGACGUUUUAAAUUUCUGAUUCACUUCUCAACAGCCUCAAGAUGUUAUUUGUCUUGAGUCUUAUAUUGAUAUUGAUGUGUUUGUUAUACGUACAUACUUCUAGCAAAAAACCUCAUAACUUUCCUCCUGGUCCUUUUUGGUAUCCUUUUACAGGAUGUAUAAAAGAAUUAGGAGAAAUCUCAAGAAAAUUAGGAGGUCAACACAAAGCCUUCAAUUUCAUGUCAAAACAAUAUGAAAGUAACAUCAUUGGGUUAAAAUUAGGGAAUAGAAAAGUUGUGGUCGUUUUAUCGUAUCCAUUAGUUAAACAAAUUUUAUGUUCGGAAGAUUAUGAUGGAAGACCAAAUGAUUUUUUUUUGAGAUUAAGAUCGAUGGGCCAAAAAAUUGGUAUUACUUCCGCUGAUGGGGAAUUAUGGUUAAUCCAAAGAACUUUCGUAAUGAAACAUAUGCGUCAACUCGGUUUUGGUAAAGAAACUAUCGAACGUAUGGUUCACGAGGAAUUAGAAGAGUUACUUUUAACAUUCGAAUAUUCCAAUAAAACCGCAGUACAAGUCGGUCCAAUACUUUCAAUGUCUGUACUAAGUAUUCUUUGGCGUUUAGUAGCAGGAAGUCGCCUCCCAAAAGAUGAUACUCGCCUCCAAGACAUGUUUAAGCUCCUAAAAAUUAGACAAUCCGCUUUUGAUAUGGCUGGAGGUCGUUUAAAUAUGUUUCCGUGGUUGAGAUUUAUCGCCCCAGAAAAAACCGGUUAUAAUUUAAUAUUGCGAUUAAACGAGCAAAUGCGAUCAUUUUUUCAAGAGAUUAUUGAUAAACAUCAUGAGGAAUGGAACCCGGGGAGAGACGACGAUGUUAUUCAUGCUUUUAUUAGCCAUAUGAAAGAAGGAAACGAUGUUCAUCCAAGUUUUACAAAUGAUCAACUUUUAAUGAUUUGCAUCGACAUUUUUAUAGCAGGAUCACACACAGUUACUUAUACUUUAGAAUUUGCGUUUCUAAUGAUUAUCUUACACCCAGCUAUUCAAAAAAAGAUUCAAACUGAAAUUGAUAACGUAUUUGAGGAAGAUCAUGUUAUAACUUAUUCCGAUAGAAUGAAAGUACCAUAUGUUGAAGCUGUUAUAAUGGAGGUCAAACGUUUUUGUCAUGUAACACCAAUAACGGGUCCAAGAAGAACUCUUCGUGACACCGUUCUAGAUAAUUAUUUCAUACCUAAAGAUACAACAGUAUUAAUUAGCAAUUAUUCAGUUCAUAUGGAUAAAAAUAUUUGGGGUGAUCCUGAAGUGUUUCGACCGGAAAGAUUUUUGGAUGAAAAUGGAAAAUUGGUCACUUCAGAAAAACUUAUUCCGUUUGGAUUAGGUAGAAGACGAUGCCCAGGAGAAUCUUUAGCCAGAUCGUAUAUUUUUUUGAUUUUCGUUGGCGUUCUUAGAAAAUACAUCAUAACCAAUGCCCCAAACCGUCCAAAACCAACAGGAACGCCUAUUCCUGGAAUUACAUUAAUUCCCGAGGAAUACAAAGUUAUGUUAAUUAAUCGAAAUCAGAAGAAAGCUUGAUUUUAUUUGCAAUUUUUGAAUCUUAGCCAAAAUUAGCACAAUUUUUUGUUAUUAUAAUGUAUAAUAUUAAAAAUACAUUCCAAGUAAAUAAA